GUCAAGGCUCUUCUGAGGUCACAUAGCACAGGAACAGAGACAGGGAUAUCUGAUUCCCGACAAAAGGGUUAGACAGGGGCAGAGGUUCUGUGAGGAAGCGUCACGUGCCCUCCCAGCAGUGGAAGAGAGGACCUGGCCAGCUGCUUCCUGACUGUGACAAGAGGGGCGAUGUGGCUGGAAGUGGGGGGCCGACUGCGGGGGACCUGUGGACAGCUGGGCCGGACUGUUGGUCUGCCUUAUGGGGCCCUGGGGUCUGGGCCCCACUGGUGGGGGCCACGUAAGGGUUCUGGGGCCCAAAAGCUUCAUCAGGGUGGGUCUGGCCGAGGCCUGAGUGAGGAGGACAUUUGCAAGGCCCGGAAGGCCCGGCUCAGGAAGACACCUCGGCCCAAGCUGAGUGACCGCUCUCGAGAACGCAAGGUGCCUGCCUCCCGCAUCAGCCGCUUGGCUAACUUUGGGGGACUGGCUGUGGGCUUGGGGCUGGGAGCGCUGCAAGAGAUGGUCAAGAAGUCCCUGCCAGGAGGAUACCUGCAGUCAGAGGACAGCUCCCAGCCUGGCUCCAGCCCUUUCUUGUCGGAGGCCAAUGCUGAACGGAUUGUUCAGACCUUGUGUACAGUUCGGGGGGCCGCCCUCAAGAUUGGCCAAAUGCUCAGCAUCCAGGACAACAGUUUCAUCAGCCCCCAGCUUCAGCACAUCUUCGAGCGGGUCCGCCAGAGCGCCGACUUCAUGCCCCGCUGGCAGAUGCUGAGGGUUCUCGAAGAGGAGCUCGGAAGGGACUGGCAGUCCAAGUUGGCCUCUUUGGAGGAGGUGCCCUUUGCUGCCGCCUCAAUUGGGCAGGUGCACCAGGGAAUGCUGAGGGAUGGGACAGAGGUGGCCGUGAAGAUCCAGUACCCAGGCGUGGCCCAGAGCAUCCAGAGUGAUGUCCAGAACCUGCUGGCAGUGCUGAAGAUGAGCGUGGCUCUGCCUGAGGGCCUGUUUGCGGAGCAGAGCCUGCAGGCCUUGCAGCGGGAGCUGGCUUGGGAGUGUGACUACCGCCGGGAAGCAGCUUGUGCCCAGAACUUCAGGCAGCUGUUGGCAGAUGACCCGUUCUUCCAAGUGCCGGCAGUGAUUACGGACCUCUGCACUACACGGGUGCUGGGCAUGGAGCUGGCUGAAGGGGUCCCCCUGGACCAGUGCCAGAGCCUGAGCCAGGACAUCCGAAACCAGAUCUGCUUCCAGCUCCUGAGGCUGUGUCUGCGGGAGCUGUUUGAGUUCCGAUUCAUGCAAACGGACCCCAACUGGGCCAACUUCCUAUAUGAUGCCUCCAGCCACCAGGUGACCCUGCUGGACUUUGGUGCAAGCCGGGAAUUUGGGACUGAAUUCACAGACAAUUACAUUGAGGUAGUGAUGGCUGCAGCCAAUGGAGACAGAGACCGGGUCCUACAGAAAUCGCAGGACCUCAAGCUCCUCACAGGCUUUGAAACCAAGGCAUUCUCUGAUGCCCACGUGGAGGCUGUGAUGAUCCUUGGAGAGCCCUUUGCCACCCAGGGUCCAUAUGACUUUGGGGCAGGGGACACUGCCCGCCGAGUGCAGGGCCUCAUGCCAGUGCUGCUGCAGCACCGGCUUCGCCCACCGCCUGAGGAGACCUAUUCCCUGCACCGUAAGCUGGCAGGAGCUUUCCUGGCCUGUGCCCGCCUCGGAGCCUGCAUCAAAUGCCAGGACCUCUUCCAGGACACCUAUCACCGCUACUGGGCCAGUCGCCAGUCUCAGCCACUGCCUGAAGCCUCCUGACCAGAGCGGAGGUCUGGUCAGACCAUUCAGACAGCUUCCUUUUGGGGAAUUCAGCCAGUAGAGGGCCAUCCUCCCCCAAUGCAUCCUUCCCACUCUGCUCUAGCCUGGGGAACCCUGCGGCUAGGUAACUCCCCAUUUCACACUCCCAGAUCCUGCUCUUCCCACCCCGCAGUGGGCAUCCGGGAACUCUACUCCAGGGAUUUAUUUAUUUCUGAUAACAUCUGAGAGAGCGUCAGGUUCUCUGCAUGCCACAGUGGAGAUGCAGACUCCUUUAGAGGGGAGCCCGUCGUCUAUGCUUCAGGUCUCCCCCAGAUCAGGCCAAUGAGAGGGUAGGGGUGAUGGUUGGUGGAGGCAGCCUUUCUCACCCCUUCACCAGCUGCUUUCUCCCUGUCCAUCCUUUCUGUUUUAGGGAGGGGUUGGGGGUGUUUGAACCUUCAGUCUGAAUAAAAGCAACCCCCCCC